AUGCGUCUGCUCAGAACCGGGCCGUAUCGACCAGGUCAGGCGAAACUCGAGCUGAUCGAGAAAUGGGGCCAAGACAUUCCGCCCUAUGCGAUCCUUUCCCACACAUGGUUCAGCGAUGCGGACGAUGAAGUACUGUUCUGCGACGUACGGAGCGGUACUUACGAACACAAAAAAGCUCUUCCAAAAGUGCUCUCGGCUAUGGAACGCGCCGUGCUCGAUGGGUACGGCUUUCUUUGGAUCGAUACCUGUUGUAUUGACAAGACCAGCUCUGUAGAGCUGAGCGAAGCCAUCAAUUCCAUGUACAAAUAUUAUCAAGACGCAGAAAUAUGCUACGCUUUCCUUGCCGACGUAUCGAGCUUAGACGAAGAUUUCGAAGCCUCAAGAUGGUGGCGGCGCGGCUGGACACUCCAAGAACUUCUCGCUCCGAAUGAUGUUCAGUUCUUCUCAGCCGACUGGGAGUUCCUGGGCAAUAAAAUGCAGCUCCGAUCGCGUGUCUCUCAGAUCUCCGGAAUCGACGUUGAGUAUCUGGCAGGAGCUCGGCCUAUCCAUCAUGCAAGCAUCGCAUCGCGAAUGUUCUGGGCCUCCCUCCGACAGACAACUCGAGAAGAGGAUAUCGCUUACUGUCUGAUGGGUCUGUUUGGCGUUAACAUGCCGAUGCUGUACGGCGAAGGCGAAAGAACAUCGUUCCUCAGACUUCAAGAGGAGAUCAUGAAGAUCAGCGAGGAUCAGUCCAUCUUCGCAUGGAUUCAGCCCGACAACGCCGAAGACACCUGCUGCGGCCUGUUAGCAAAUAGUCCCCGAGACUUCAAACACACCGGCUCAACAAUACCUUAUAGCCAACUCGGAGAAUACAUUCCCUUUGCAAUGACCGCAAGGGGCCUUCGUGCGACUCUCCCGUUGACGCAGAAGGAGGACGGGAUGUAUUUCGCCGCAUUGCAAUGCCCAGUGCCAGGAAGAGGCUACAAUGACUGGCUCGCCGUGUACCUCAAACGCCUUUCUGGCGGCUCCAAUCUCUUCGCCAGAGUCAAAAGCGGAAUCCUGGCGUCCUGCUCGGAACUAGGAAAACCUGAAAGCAUCUACGUGCGCCAGCAUCACGAUCCCACCACACAAAGAAUCUUCCCAUACCAUUUCUUUCAGGUCCGCAAAUUAUCUUGUUGCGACACCGACAAAUCUGAGCUCGCAGAUUACCGGAUGGUGGCGAGUUCACACUUGCCAGAGGCCACUCGCUCCAAGAACUUCCCGCGAGUGGCGCGCCAGCCUUGGAGUGAUGUGCCUUUGGCUUACAAGGUUGACAAAUCGGCAGGCGCCAUAACGACAGCGAUUCUGUUCCAGCGUCAAUACGACUACGAGUCCUUCAUACUUAUAUUAGGCUCGAUAUCCGAGGUCGAAAUCGCGUUCGACGUGCUUGAAGGGGACGCCCUCGAGUCUCUGGAAACAUUGCAAUCCAAGUUUGCACCGAGGCGCAUGGGCAGUCAUGCAGAGCUCAAGUUCCAUUCCGUGCAUGUCCGAUCCGAAGAACGUGUACAUAAUGGCCAGAAGUUCCAUUUUAUCGAUAUCGAGAUUCGUCCAGUGGCUAAGCCAGAGACAAUGGAUGAGCUCUUGGCAGAAGCUGUCGAGACAUUCGUCAAUCCCCCGAUGCGAAUUAGAAGUAGUGGUCUACGGGGUACCAUGACUCGACUGAGGGAAGUACUGCAUUGA